AUGGUUACAUCAUACGAGCCACAAGGGGCGGUAGGAUCGAGGAAUGGAGGAGACAAGCAAGUCAAGGAGCGCGUACUGGUUCACGAUGUGGUAGAGGACCAUAGCGGCAGUGAAUAUAGUAAGAAGUCGCGAUCAUCAGAUAAGGUUUCAUGUCCAAAGUGUAAAGGACAGCAUCGUUUACCAGACUGUGAAGCGUUUCGGGCCCUGAAUGUGAAGCAGAGAACGAAAAAACGAUGCGGUGUGGAUGGGUGUAUAUCGACUCAUAGCAUAUUACUGCACUCCGCUGCAGUUGAACGAGGCGACGUUGACCCACAACGUCAAAAUGAAAAUAAACGCAUUUCUGAGUCAGCUGUAUUGUUCCAUAGCCGGCCCGCUACAAAGACACUGUUCCGCUAUAUUCCAGUUACCAUUUUCGGUAAGGCGCGCAAAGUACAUACGUACGCACUAAUAGAGAUAGGCGCUGAAUGCACACUAAUAGAGAUAGGCGAACUUGAGCUGGAUGGUCCCUCCAAGCAGUUGUGUUUAAAAUGGACUGGCGAUGUGACACAAAUAGAGCAUAACUCAAAAUCAGUCUAUCUCAGCGUUUCGGCAACCGGCAAAGAGGAACAGCGCGACGCUAGCAUCACCCGCAAGUUAGAUGAAGCUAUGAAGUCGUAUUUCUCUAUAGAGUCGAUAGGCGUCAGCAUCGCAAACAAGCCAUUGAGGUCCAAAGAAGAUGAACGCUCGCUACAAAAUGUGGAGAAAACGACCAAAUACCUUUCAAGUGAAAAGCGCUGGGAGAGGGGGCUGCUGUGGAAAUUUGAUAGCGUCGAGUUACCUGACUCUUACAACAUGGCUAUCAAACGACUUAACUGUCUCGAAGCGAAGAUGGUGAAAGAUCCUCAGUUGAGCUCAUUCAUGGUGAAUACUAUGAAAAGCUACAGUGAAAAGGGCUGCAUACGUAAAUUGAGUGAAGUGACCAAUCCGAACAAGAACAAAACGCGAUUGGUGUGGGAUGCAGCAGGCAAAGUACAUGGCGUAUCGCUGAACGACGUUCUGUUAAAAGGUCCCGUUCUAUUAGCUUCAGUGAUUGGCGUCGUUAUGCGUUUCCGAGAACGGAGAAUCGCGGUUACAGGAGACAUACGUGAAAUUUUCCUUCAGGUAAAGGUGCGACAGGAAGACCUAGCUGUUUAA